AUGGCUAUCCGCUCCAUGAAGUUCACACCGGAGGUUCUCCUCGGCGCCCCCAGACGAUCCUCGGCAGUUCCGAAUGCGGCUGGCACUCUCGCGGUUUACACCCAAACCUCUUAUUCCUUCGAGUCACACUCCAAGACCAAUGAGAUCCGAGUGAUCGAAAUUGAAACUGGCCGAUCAGCUCUCAUCACAAAUGAUGCCGGUGCAAGCAAUCCUCAGUGGCUGGGAACCGACGACCAGCUGGUCUGGUUAAAGACCAAGACCAACGGGAACACCAGCUUCAUCGUUGGCGAUGCGCGCGAGGCCGAUAAGACAUACACUGCGGGUACCGUUCCCGGUCCAGUCUCGGAUUUGAAGGUCACCGUCAUUGAGCCAGGCAAGAUCGGCUUUGCGGUCACCGGCAAGUCUAACCAGGAUGGCUCCCUGUACAACCCCCAAGAUGCAAAGAAACCCCUCACAACAGGACGCUUGUAUACUUCGCUGUUUGUCCGACAUUGGGAUGCCUACGUCGAACCCCAGAAAAACGCGAUUUACUAUGGACUUCUGGAGCAAACCCCAUUAUCACCACCUCGCAGACUAGCUGGAAAGUACUCGGUGUCUGGCCUUACAAACCUGAUUGUUGUGUCUGGUCUUAGAGGCGUUGAGUCUCCAAUUCCGCCGUUUGGUGGUACUAGCGACUUUGACAUUAGCCCGUCAGCGAUCGUGUUCAUCGCAAAGGAUCCUGGCCUGAACCCUGCGACGCAUACCUCCUGCUCCUGCUAUUAUGCUCCCAUGUUUUCUUGGACCAGUAUGGGCACCUCUGGUAUUAAGGCUUGCAGAGUGACUGGUUUGCAAGGAGCAAUGUCUUCACCUGUUCUUUCUUCCGACGGCAGCUCCAUUGCUUUGCUGGCCAUGAAGGAGGAUGGAUACGAAUCCGACAAGAAUAGGAUUCUAUACGUCCCGAACCCAUGGAAUGGUGAUAUGAUCGAAGUCUUUGAGUCUGCGGAUGGCAAGGGGCUUUGGGGUCUGAGCCCAUCUGCUGUUUCAUUUGCCCAUGAUGACAAAUCGCUACUCGUCCAGGUCGAGGAAACCGGGCGCGGAAUUCUCUACCAGCUUCCUCUGCAGAACAUUCGUAAAGCCACAACCAGUUCACUCAAGAGACUGACUCGAUCGGGCCACGUGAAUGAUGUGGUUCCUGCAGCUGCUGGCUCUUCUAAACUAUUUAUCUCCAGCAACAGCCUGGUGGACAGCAGCAUCUGGACUAUCAUCGACCCGUCAAACCCUGAAGAAGUCCAAGUUGUGUCAUCAAGUGGCCGUGGUGGAUCAGCAUUUGGUCUUUCAGCUACUCAGGUUGAUGAGAUUUGGUACCGAGGAGCAGAAGGUCACCCAAUCCAUGCAUGGGUCGUGAAGCCCUCUGAUUUCCAACCAGGCCAGAAGUACCCUCUGGCUUAUCUGAUUCACGGUGGGCCUCAGGGAGCAUGGAAUGACCAAUGGAGCACCCGCUGGAACCCUGCCGUUUUUGCGGAGCAAGGAUAUGUUGUCAUUACACCAAAUCCAACCGGCAGCACUGGAUACGGGCAGACAUUUACAGAUGGGAUCACGGGCCAAUGGGGAGGCCGGCCUUAUGAGGACUUGGUCAAGGGCUUUGAAUAUAUUGAACAGAACCUCGCGUAUGUCGAUACAAAGCGAGCUGUCGCCCUGGGUGCCUCAUAUGGCGGGUACAUGAUGAACUGGAUCCAAGGACAUCCUCUCGGUCGCAAAUUCAAAGCACUGGUCACACAUGAUGGUGUUUUCAGUAUGACGUCGCAGCUGGCCAGCGAAGAGCAAUAUUUCCCUCUCCAUGAUCUUCAGGGACCGAUCUGGAAGAGGCCUGAGAACUGGGCCAAAUGGGAUCCAUCGCGCUUUACCGCAAACUGGCAGACGCCACACCUAAUUAUUCAUAACGAGCUUGAUUACCGGUUGACGAUCGCUGAAGGCCUGGCCGCAUUCAACGUUCUUCAAAUGCGCGGAAUUGAUAGUGCCUUCUUAACUUUCCCUGAUGAGAACCAUUGGGUCUUGAAUCCCGAAAAUUCUCUCAUGUGGCAUAAGACUGUGUUCAACUUCAUCAACAAGUACGCUGGUCUGCCUGCAAUUGCAGAUGAACCGGAUCUGUCAAGCAUGAACACUCUAGCGCUUUAA